UGCUUAUGGAUGUUAAUAAUCUUUUUGUUGUCGUUGAUUUAUUAUAUGGUUGACAGGCUUUCAAUUGGGAGUCUCACAAAUUAGACUGGUGGAGGAACUUAGAGGAAAAGAUGCCUGAUAUAGCUAAAUCUAGGUUCACAUCUGUAUGGUUGCCACCUGCAUCUCAAUCUUUGUCUCCUGAAGGUUACCUUCCACAGAAUCUCUAUUCGCUAAAUUCUGCAUAUGGUUCUGAGAACCUACUGAAAGCUUUGCUACAGAAAAUGGAGCAGUACAAAGUCAGAUCCAUGGCUGACAUAGUAAUCAAUCAUCGUGUUGGGACUACCAAGGGCCAUGGGGGGAUGUACAACCGCUAUGAUGGAAUUUCAUUAGCAUGGGAUGAACAUGCUGUUACAUCAUGUACUGGUGGUUUGGGCAAUCAAAGUACUGGUGACAAUUUUGAUGGUGUUCCAAACAUUGAUCAUACACAGCCCUUUGUGAGAAAAGAUAUUACAGAAUGGCUGAGGUGGCUGCGAAACAAGGUUGGCUUCCAAGAUUUCCGCUUUGAUUUUGCAAGAGGUUAUGCAGCAAAAUAUGUGAAGGAGUACAUUGAAGGUGCAAAACCAGUGUUCUGUGUUGGAGAAUACUGGGAUUCUUGUGAUUACCAUAAUGGUCAUUUGGCCUACGACCAAGACAGUCAUAGACAACGAAUCAUCAAUUGGAUUGAUGCUACAGGACAACUUGCCACUGCGUUUGACUUCACAACAAAAGGAAUUUUGCAGGAAGCUGUUAAGGGAGAAUACUCUCGCCUUCGAGAUUCCCAGGGGAAGCCACCUGGUGUAUUGGGUUUGUGGCCUUCAAGAGCUGUUACAUUUCUUGAUAACCAUGACACUGGCUCAACGCAGGCUCACUGGCCCUUCCCAGAAGAUCACAUUAUGGAGGGCUAUGUAUAUAUCCUCACACAUCCGGGGAUACCGUCUGUGUUCUAUGACCAUUUCUAUGACUGGGACACCUCAUACCAUGACCAAAUUGUGAAGCUGAUCAACAUUCGAAAGCAACAAGAUAUACAUAGUAGGUCUUCUAUUAGGAUACUUGAAGCUCAACCAAAUCUCUACUCUGCCAUCAUAGGGGAUAAGAUAAGCAUGAAGAUUGGAGACGGUUCAUGGUCUCCAGAAGGCAAAGAGUGGAUACUGGCAACAUCUGGUCAUAGAUAUGCUGUGUGGCACAAGGAAAACUAACUGGAUAAUCAACAUGAAUAAUUUUACCUUUUGAACACCUUAAAUCAAUCUCACCUUUAAGCUUACUCAAAUAACCAUUUGACAAGUAAGCAAGUUGGUAGAUCAAAAUGAAUAACGAGUACAUUUUAACUUCUAAUAUAAAGAUAUGUUGCUCAUUUACCAUUUAUUAAAACUUAAUGUUCAUUUCAUAUAUUCUCUUCAUAUAGAAAAAUUGAUUCUAAUGAUUCAAC